AUGGAUGGCAUAAAUGGGAGUCAAGGCCGAAUGCAAAUGAAUGAUGCGCAGCAGACAAUCCACCAUCAUGCACAUUACAUGCAGGAACAUGAUCACCAUAUGUUGCACCACAUGAGUAAUGAGAAUGGGAUGGAGCAUGAUGAUAACAUUGGAAAUGGUGGGGGCAGUGAAAGUCUGGAAGGCGAAGUUGCUCCUGAUCCCGGGAAUAUGUCUGAUAAUCAAACUGCAUUGGUGGCUCGCGCAAACUGCGAGAAUAAUAACAGCUCACUCUCUCUUUCCAGGGUCAGGUUUACGUGUUUGACUCCGUCUCACCUGAAAAGGUUAUUUCAUUCCUUAAUGCUUUAA